AUGCCUGGUGUCUUCUCACAACUCCUCUCUGGGUCGUCACUAAAAGACGACUCGAACUGGGGCCUCGGCGGCGGCGGCGGCGGCGGAGCACCAUCGGGGCCGACUCACGUCUUCAGUCUCGGCUCCGCCCGCGGAGGUUCCUCCAUCAAUGCCACCUCCAUCCGGCCAGCCGGCUACCCCCCGACGGCGCCGCCGCUCUACACCUUCACCGGCGCGCCCCACGCCAAGCCAAACAUGGCGCUCUACUACGGCGAGGCCAGCCCGGCAAACUUGGUCGGCGAGGGCAAGCUCAGCUCCUUCUCGUCUACGUCGCAGAUGCGCGUCCGCGGGAUGCCUUUUACGCUGCGCAUGAGCCAGAUGUCGGGCAGCAUUACCCUCGAGUCGCCCGUCACGGGCAAGAUGAAGCUCAAGCCAAACCCCAUGACCGGGACCGGCCUGGGCAUGUACGACGCGUCGGGGAAUAAGGUGGCCAAGAUCAGGUCAGGGGGCGGGUUCGGCGACAAGCAGCUCGAGAUCUAUGUGCCCGGCGACGGCAUGUUCAUCGAGGUCGUCCUGCUCAGCUUCAUGACUGCCAAGAUGCUUAACAAGAUUGUGGGAGACGCGGUAGGCGAGGCGGUCUCGUCUGUGGUGACUGCAUAG